AUGUCAUCUUUGAGUUAUACAGAGAUGGUUGGGAUGGAGAUCAAAGUCGUCACAACUCUUGAUGAAGAGCAUAAAGGGAGAAUCUACACAAUUGACGAAGAUGCAAAUGUAGUCAUACUUUAUCGAGGAAAUGAGAAUUCAAGAGAUUAUGUUUUUUUGAAUGCAGACUAUAUCAAAGAUAUCGUUAUACUUGACCAGGAACGUCAUAAAAUCGACACAGAGAUACCUUAUAUCGAUGUCACUAAAUACCUUGAAGAGCUUGAUAAGCAAAUGCAAAAAGAGUCCCAAAGCUUAGAACAAAUAAAUAGUUUGGCAAGUCCUGAAGGCCAGCUUAUUUUCAAUGAAAUUUCCAGAACAUAUAAAUGUGACUGGAAUGGGCUCAAUAUAUAUUUGGUCGACCUAGACGUCGAAAUUAGUCCUCCUUAUUCCAAUGACCAGAACGUCACAGGAAACCCAAGUGCGACUACAAGAAUUUCAAACGUCUUAAUGCAAACCCGAAGGAAGCUAAACCUAGACUAA